UAUUUGAACCACAGAAAGCAGCAAAGCUGGUUUUCCUGAAAAGAGUCAGAAGGGAAAACACCUCUCCAACCUCCACCAACUCACACCAAACUUUGUCUCCUCUGACACUCAAUCGUAAAACCCAACCUGAACAUGCUGGAAUCUUGCGCUUGUUGAGGGCAAUGCCAACUGCCAACUGCCAACACAUUGGAGAGCUUGACUCACUCAUAUCGAUCCUGUGUCAGUCAACUCCAGCGCAACUUUGGCACCUCUCACCUCCGCACCACAUUAGGUCAUAAUUAAAUUUUGGAAUUUCCUAUUUCGCUCCACGAAUCUAAAAAAAGAAUUAACAAAAUGAAGGUCAUCGCACUCUUUUUCGCCACCAUUGCUGCUGCCAGCGCCUUUGCUCCUUCUACUACCAUUCCAUUCCGGGAAUCAGCACCAUUGUUUGCCCAAGAGGAGGAAGCUGCAGUUACAGCUGUUUCUGCCAUGGAGGGACCAAGACCUCAGAUCCAGUUUGUCAAGGGUUUGGAAGAAAAGGCGAUCCCCAAAGUCAAGUUGACUCGUGCUCGUGAUGGAACUUCCGGAAUCGCAACAUUUUUGUUUGACAAUCCAAACGUUUUUGAUGCCAGUACAGCUUCACAAGGAGAAAUCACGGGUCUGUUUAUGUCUGAUGAAGAAGGAGAAAUCAGUACUACUGAUGUCAAUGCAAGCUUUUCCAAUGGCAAGCCCCAAUCAAUUGAAUCAGUUUAUGUGAUGACAAGCCCAGAACAGUGGGACCGAUUCAUGCGAUUCAUGGAACGAUAUGGUGAAGCCAAUGGUUUGGGACUUAGCAAGGCCUAAGAUUCGAAUGAUUUCAGCCAAGUUUACAGGCGCACAAUCAACACAUAGUCGACCAGAGCCCAUACAAGUUCCUACUCUGGUUCCGUGGGUUUGGAAAACCAAAAAAUGGGAAGGACAAGAUUGGUAGGGUUGGUCAAUGUGCCAAUUAGAUUGGGCAUUUGUGUGGAUGUCGAUGUUUCCUGUACUGGUACGACUGCGAAAUGCUUCUAAACUAGAUAUAUCCAUUAUGGACAC